CGGUUGCUCAGGCGGGGCUACGAUGUGGGCGGGUGCAAAUCUGGUGAGAGGCUUUUGGGCAAAAAUCUGCUAGUAGUCGUCGGGUUGACGUCGCAGUGCUGCCGGGAAUUAACACGCUCUCUGCUUUGAAGACCACAAUAAACAGCUGUACUCGGUACUUAGCGGCAAUCAUCAACUAUGGCAGCUCAGUGUGUUACCAAGGUGGAACUGACCGUGUCCUGUGACAACCUUCUGGACCGGGAUAUUGGUUCCAAAUCAGACCCUCUCUGUGUUUUGUUGAUGAGCAGCUCGGACUCCAAGUGGUAUGAGGUGGCACGUACUGAGAAAGUCCAGAAUUGUCUCUCCCCAAAGUUUGCCAAGAAGUUUAUCAUCGAUUACUACUUUGAGAUUGUGCAAAAGCUCAAGUUUGGCAUUUACGACAUAGACAACAAGACCAUCGACCUGAGUGAUGAUGACUUCCUUGGGGAACUGGAGACCACCUUAGGCCAGGUGGUGUCCAGUAAAAAACUGACAAGACCACUUGUCAAGAAGAACAAAACACCAGCAGGGAAAGGAACUAUCACUAUAAGUGCAGAAGAAAUCAAAGACAACAGGGUUGCAAACUUUGAAGUGGAAGCGAGAAAACUGGAUAACAAAGAUUUCUUUGGAAAGUCCGAUCCUUUCCUGGAGUUUUACAAGCAGACGCCAACUGGAUGGCAGCUAGCUCACAGGACAGAGGUGGUGAAGAACAACUUGAAUCCAACAUGGAGACCUUUCAGAAUCCCACUGCAGUCUCUGUGUGGAGGCAACAUGGACCAACCUAUAAAAGUUGAAUGCCACGACUACGACAAUGACGGCUCACAUGAUCUCAUUGGUAUCUUUGAGACAACGAUGACACGCCUGCAGGGGGCGUCACGAACAUCUCCGGCUGAAUUUGAAUGCAUCAACAGCAAAAAGAAACAGAAGAAAAAAGGCUACAAGAACUCUGGGGUUGUUAGUGUGAAACUGUGCCAGGUGGUGAAGGAGUACACGUUUCUGGAUUAUAUUAUGGGAGGUUGUCAACUGAAUUUCACCGUUGCUGUUGACUUCACCGGCUCCAACGGGGACCCCAGGUCUCCCUCCUCUCUACAUUACAUCAGUCCUCAUGGAGUAAACGAGUACCUGUCUGCUAUCUGGUCUGUGGGGAAUGUCAUCCAGGACUAUGACAGUGACAAGAUGUUUCCUGCUUUUGGCUUUGGAGCUCAGAUUCCGCCAACAUGGCAGGUCUCCCACGAGUUCCCUCUGAAUUUCAACAUGUCAAAUCCUUUCUGUGCCGGUGUUGAGGGGAUCGUGGAGGCCUACAGGGUUUGUCUUCCUCAAGUCAAACUCUACGGUCCCACCAACUUCUCUCCGAUCAUCAAUCAUGUAGCUUGUUUUGCAAAGCAAGCCCUGCAGCAGACCACGGCUUCGCAAUACUUUGUCUUGCUGAUCAUCACUGACGGAGUGAUCACCGACAUGGACGACACACGCAGCGCCAUCGUCAACGCCUCGCGCUUGCCCAUGUCCAUCAUCAUCGUGGGAGUUGGUGGAGCAGACUUCACAGCAAUGGAGUUCCUGGACGGCGACGACGGCCGUCUCCGCUCGCAGACUGGGGAGUCCGCCAUGAGGGACAUAGUUCAGUUCGUCCCGUUCAGGCAGUUCCAAAACGCACCCAGCCAGGCUCUUGCACAAAGUGUUUUGGCCGAGUUACCUCAACAAGUGGCCUCCUUCUUCAAUUUAUUCAAACUGAAGCCUCCUCGUGACCCCAAUCCUUCAUAGGAGUACCCCCACAGAUCUCCAAAAGAGGCGCUGGCGAAGAGCGUGUUGGCUGAAGUCCCGGGUCAGCUGAUGGAGUUCUGCAACACAAUGAAGCUGAAACCACCCAACUCUAAUCCUGCAGCAGCGGUUUAAAACAAGCACACAAGGAUGCCAAGAGGAUUCCUGCCUGCAGAGCAGGUGUGUUUACAGAAACAUGAUAUCCGGUUUAACAGUAUCGCCACUCCAUACAUGUUGAAUAUUACAUUCUAAGAAAAGUAAGGGCACCAUGUAUCACUUGUAAUGCUGAAAAAGUGUUAUACUAAUGAAGCAUUCCUUUUUGUGUACAGUAGAAAAGCAAAUCUCUUUUGUUUGCCAUAACUAACUUUAAUAUCAACUUGUGAGCUACAUGAAUAAGUUUAACAAUUACCUACUAGAUAAUUAUUCAGCCAUUCUUCAUUUGCCAAAAUUUGUGCCAAGAGUAUUCGCUGGAAUUUAUUUUUAUAUAUACUUUUAGUGACCCUCACAUUUUACUUAAACGUGUACAUCAUCUCUGUUUACCAGAAGGUAUAAUCAUGAUGCCAUAUUUACCUGUUUGUUGUUGUCAUGUUGUUGUUGUUACUGUUUUAUUGUCUGUUCUGAUUCAGAUGUAUAAUAAUAAUAAUAAUCACAUCACAGGUGCCGUGUGAGUAAAAGUGUUAUGGCCAAGAAAUAAAAUACUUCUCAAGCACUUUUAAA